AUGUGGUUAGGAUUAGAGCGAAAUGUUCUGGUGACCAUACCCUAUAAACCUCAAGCUCUGAAGCCCGAAACCCACAACCCUUUUUCUUUCCUCAGGUUCAAGGAGGCAUAUCCGAGCUCCGAGAAGAUCUACAAGGAGGUCGUCUAUGAGGCCACCGGCGAGAAACUCAAGAUCCCAUUCCGUCGCAUCCACCUGACGGACGAGGACCCCGGCUGCGAUCACUUGGAUGUCUACGACACCAGCGGUCCUCCGGGUGCGGAUCCCAGGAAAGGCUUGGCCAAGCUCCGGAAGAAGUGGAUCGAAGGUCGCGAGGUGGCUGAGGAUGGGACAUGCACGCAGAUGUACUACGCGAAGCAGGGGGUGAUCACUCAGGAGAUGGCCUUCAUCGCGGCGCGCGAGGGCAUGGACCCGGAGUUCGUCCGCUCGGAGGUGGCGCGUGGACGGGCCAUCAUCCCAGCAAAUCGCAACCACCCGGAGUCGGAGCCCAUGAUCAUCGGGCGGCACUUCAAGGUGAAGAUCAAUUCGAACAUCGGGAACUCUGCCGUUGCAUCGAACAUCGAGGAGGAGGUCGAGAAGCUGCAGUGGAGCUCCCUUUGGGGCGCCGACACCCUGAUGGACCUGAGCACGGGCAAGCACAUCCACGAGACGAGGGAGUGGAUCGUCCGAAACAGCGCCAUGCCUGUGGGAACGGUGCCCAUCUACCAAGCGCUUGAGAAGGUCGACGGCAUCGCUGAGGACCUGACCUGGGAAAAGUUCCGUGAGACGUUGAUCGAGCAGGCCGAGCAGGGUGUCGAUUAUUGGACCAUCCAUGCUGGGGUACUGCUGCGAUUCGUGCCUUUGACGGCGAAGCGCCUCACGGGCAUCGUCAGCCGUGGGGGCUCUAUCCAUGCGAAGCUUUGCAUCUCCAAGCAUGAGGAAAACUUUGCCUACGAGCACUGGGAUGACAUUCUGGACAUCUGCAAGAAAUACGACGUGUCACUGAGCAUCGGUGAUGGCCUUCGUCCCGGUUGCAUCAAGGAUGCCAACGAUGAGGCCCAGUUCGGCGAACUGAAGGUGCAGGGCGAGCUGACCCAACGUGCGUGGGCCAAAGGCGUCCAGGUGAUGAACGAAGGGCCGGGCCACGUGCCUCUGCACAAGAUUCCGGAGAACAUGCGGAAGCAGCUGGAGUGGUGCCACGAGGCGCCGUUCUACACGCUGGGACCCCUGACUACAGACAUCGCGCCGGGCUACGACCACAUCACCUCCGCUAUCGGUGCGGCCAACAUUGGUGCCAUGGGGACGGCAAUGCUGUGCUACGUCACUCCAAAGGAACACUUGGGUCUGCCAGACCGUGAGGAUGUGAAGGCCGGCAUCAUCGCCUACCGCAUCGCGGCCCAUGCUGCCGACCUGGCCAAGGGCCAUCCCAAGGCCCAGGAGUGGGAUGACGCGCUCUCCAAGGCCCGCUUUGAGUUCCGCUGGAACGACCAGUUCAAUCUCGCCCUGGAUCCCAUUACCGCACGGAGCAUGCAUGACGAGACCAUCGACUCGGAGCAGGGCAAGUCGGCGCACUUCUGCUCCAUGUGCGGCCCGAAGUUUUGCUCCAUGAAGAUCACCGACGAUGUGCGCAAGUAUGCAGAAGAGCGCGGUUAUGGUGAUGCAGAUGGCGAGACUGUCCUGAAGGAAGGCAUGAAAGAGAUGAGCAAGAAGUUCGCAGAAGUGGGAAGUGAGGUCUACAUGCCGGUAGAGUCGCUGGAGGCUCGCUGA